AAAUUCAGCGCACCAGUCUUUUAAACAUUAACUGCCUUGGUUCCACUUCAAGAAGCGUCGCGGGCAGCUGCUUCUCGCGUUGACGGCCAUGUACUCCGAAGCUCAAGCUCAGCAGAAAAGCUCUGACGAUUCGUCGACGUCUUCGAAGCUGGUUCUUUAUUCUUUCUGGCAGAGCUCCUGCUCGUGGCGUGUUCGCUUUGCGUUGAAUCUCAAAGGGCUUUCUUACGAGUACAGAGCAGUAAACCUUGGGAGAGGAGAACACUUAAGUCCAGAUUUUGAGCGCCUAAAUCCACUUAAAUAUGUUCCUAUAUUAGUAGAUGGUCCAGUGGUAGUUUCGGACUCUUACGCGAUAUUUCUGUAUUUGGAAGAGAAGUAUCCACAGAAGGCGCUGCUGCCUGCUGAUCUUCAUUCAAAAUGUCUGAAUCUGCAAGUGGCAAGUAUCGUCAGCUCAAGCAUACAACCUCUUCAAAUGAUAGGACUGCUGAAAACUAUGGAGGAAAAAUUUGGUCUAGAAGAACAACUACCAUGGGCUCAGUCUAAUAUAGAAAAAGGUUUCAAGGCUCUUGAGAAACUACUGCAGGGCUUUUCUGGCCGAUAUGCCUUUGGAGAUGAAGUAUAUAUGGGUGAUGUAUUUUUGGCCCCUCAGAUUUCAGUUGCUAUUGGGAGGUACAACAUUGACAUGUCCAAGUUUCCUGUUCUAGCGAGGAUUUACGAAGCUUACAAGACGUUACCGGAAUUCCAAGCCUCGUCACCAGAAAGGCAACCCGACGCCUUUCAUUAGGUGACUUGUUGUCUCAAUAUUUUACUAAUACAUCACAACUUCCACUUCAUAUUAGUUCCUUGCGUGAAAUAAAUGGACGGAGAAAGGAAAGAGAAAAAAAAAACAUUUCUUAAUUAUUGAGCACUAAUAUUUUAUCUGUUCUUCCAACAAGAUAUAAAGAGCUGUCAAUACGAAGAUGAACUCAACAUGAUGACUAAAUUUAUUGAUGCUUCCGUGAACUUAAUUUUU